AAACACACAUGUAUCUCUUGUGUGUGUAAAACCCUUAUUGGUACCUCAUGUUGUAUCCCGCUAAGUGGCUAACUCUCAGACAGACCCACGUCCAUGUCCUUUCUUUCUGGUUCCUCCAAUUUAUUAUCAUUUUGUGUCUACUUUUCUUCUUUCCUCUUGGAAUCUCUGUAUUUACCAUGUCAGGAAUCACCCACAGAUUCUUUGUUAUGGGUUUGAGCAUAUUAAUUACUUUGUGUUUUAAUUUUACAAGUAUACACGUAGAAAUUUAUAACAAAGUUUCAAAAAAAGCCUAAAAUGGGUAUGUAGUGGUGGCAGCUGGGGAAGGUUUUGCAUUGAAAAAGGUUGAAAAACAACCUUGACAAGUGUCACUCAGUAGCACCUUCUAUUCCUCUCUACACAUAUAUACAUAUGCAUACAUAUGAUGACAGCUAGAUCAUCACCGCUUUUCACCGCCUACCGUUUCCCCUCAAAUUCACAAAUAUAUUUAUCAAUUUGGAGUGUGUUUUGUAAUUUGUAAGCCAAGUUUCAAUCUUUAUGCUACAAUCUGCAAAUUCCAAUCAUGGGUAGUUCUUCUUUUGGCUAAAUUCUUAUAAGAAUCGAAUCUUUUUCUAGUUUUAACUCUCUUUAUUCUUGUGGGUGAUCAUACAUGGCUUCGGUUCUUCGGUUCCGGAAGUUGUGUUUAACUACAUUAAGAAGCUAUGAACCAUCUGAAAUUACCCUCAAAGAUAACAAGCCAAAAGUUGACAAAAAACAAGAAAAAAGUCAAGUGAUUGGAAACAAGAAAGUGAGGUGGGGGUGUGUGAAUUCUUGUUGUUGGUUCAUAGGGUGUGUGUGUACAACGUGGUGGCUGUUGUUGUUUGUGUACCAUUGUGUGCCGGUUAAUUUGGGUGGGCUUAAUGGGCCUGAGCCACCUGGUGUACGGCUGAAGAAUGAAGGGUUGACUGCACUGCACCCUGUUGUUUUGAUCCCUGGGAUUGUUACUGGUGGGCUUGAGCUUUGGGAAGGGAGGCCUUGUUCACAAGGGCUUUUUCGUAAACGUGUUUGGGGAGGUAGCUUUGCUGAAGCCUUGAAGAGGCCAUUGUGUUGGUUGGAGCAUUUGUCACUGGACAAUGAAACAGGGCUUGACCCACCAGGCAUUCGGGUCAGGCCCAUUCCCGGACUUGUUGGGGCGGAUUAUUUUGCUCCAGGCUACUUCGUUUGGGCCGUUCUCAUUGAGAAUCUGGCUCAUAUCGGUUACGAAGGCAAGAAUAUGUAUAUGGCUUCUUAUGAUUGGAGACUUUCUUUUCAAAACACAGAGAUAAGGGAUCAAACACUUAGUAGAUUGAAGGCCAACAUUGAGCUGAUGUAUGCGACAAAUGGUAACAAGAAAGUGGUGGUGCUUCCACAUUCGAUGGGCGUUAACUUCUUUAUACACUUCCUUAAAUGGGUGGAAGCUCCGCCACCGAUGGGCGGUGGUGGUGGUCCAGGGUGGUGUGCCAAGUAUAUCAAAUCAAUCAUGAACAUCGGGCCCGCGUUUCUUGGUAUUCCGAAGGCUGUUAGUACCAUGUUAUCUGCUGAAGGCAGAGAAGUUGCUUUCAUCAGAGCCAUGGAUCCCGGUCUUUUAGAUUCCGAGAUUCUCGGGCUUAAAACGUUGGAACACGUGAUGCGUAUAUCUCGAACAUGGGAUUCGAUUAUUUCUCUGCUUCCUAAAGGAGGUGAGCCCAUUUGGGGUGAUUUAGAUUCGGCACCAGAAGACGAGCACCGGUGUGAUUUCGAAACGAAGAGUUACUUUCAAUCGACUUCGAGAGAAAAUAAUAACAGCAGGAACAAAGUUACGAGACCUCAGAUCGAAAUCAAUGAGCGAACGAAGUACGGAAGAAUAAUCUCGUUUGGAAAAACAGCUUCCGAGCAGCAUUCUUCAAAGCUUCAUAAACUUGCUCUAGUGGAACUUAUGCAGGCGAUUUCGAAUGCUACAUGUGGGGAGGUUUGGACCGAGUAUGGUAAAAUUAACCGAAAUAAUAUCCAGAUGUUAGCAGAUAACAAAGCAUACACUGCUGAAAGCGCCAUAGACCUUUUACGACUUGUAGCUCCAAAAUUGAUGCAACGGGCCGAGGCCCACUUGUCGCAUGGCAUAGCAACUGAUCUUGAUGACCCAAAGUAUGCUCAUUACAAGUACUGGUCCAAUCCAUUAGAAACCAAGUUGCCAGAUGCUCCGGACAUGGAGAUUUACAGUUUGUACGGUGUGGGGAUCCCGACAGAAAGAGCAUAUGUUUAUAAACUCUCGCCGGCCGACAGAUGUAACAGUAUCCCGUUCAGGAUCGACAGCUCAGCAGAGGGAGGAUGCUUACGUCGAGGGGUUUACUAUGUCGACGGUGAUGAAAGUGUACCAGUGAUAAGUGCAGGCUAUAUGUGCGCAAAAGGGUGGAGAGGAAAAACGAGGUUUAAUCCAUCAGGCAGUCCUACUUAUAUCCGCGAAUACCAACACAAAGCACCAAGUUUGCUUGAGGGCAGGGGUUUAGAAAGCGGGGGCCAUGUCGAUAUAAUGGGUAACGUUGCGUUGAUCGAGGAUGUUUUGAGGGUGGCGGCAGGAGCCUCUGGGGAGGAGAUAGGUGGUGAUCGGAUCUAUUCUGAUAUAUUAAAGAUGUCCGAGAGAGUGAAGAUCGAGCUUUGAAGCCAAGUCUGGAACCGAACCGAACUGAACCAAACCGAUAGGAGAGAUGUUGUUUUCAACAUUUGCUGGAGCUAAGGGACGAAGGAUGUUCACCGGAGCUGUGGAACUGAACUAUCUUAGGACUUUGUUGUUUUAGAUUGGGUUGCAAGUAGUUGGUCAAGGAGGGUGUUGGUAAAUGCCCUUUUUUUUAAGGAUAAUGGUGGUUGAGUAUGCUACUAUGUACCUGUGUAUAGUAUCUCAAAAUAAAGAUGUUUUUGUAGGAA